CAGACGCUGUUGGUGCAAUGGAUGGGACAGCCAAAUCUGACGACGUUGGGCCGAGCGCAGUGGAGGUGCUCCGCAUUGCUGCUUCACCGCAUGGGCCAUGUUCCUUAAGUGCUCCGCUGGGUCUGGAAAUUGAGUUUCGGACAUCGUUGGAUGUAGCACAUGCAGAAUGGCAACUUCGGUUUAUUGCAGAUUUGGUUCACCACCAGCGCCCCAUCGACCUUGAACUGGAGAGCCAGGAAAGCAAGGUCAUUACCAGUGGCAAUACUGGCGAUCCUUCUCCCUGCUCCUAUCAUGUCGAACUGAAAACAGUGGGCCUGCAAAAGCUGUUGGCUUUACCCGAAUCAGCGCUUGAGAGCCUGGGUAUUUUGGAAGUCAGACUCGUGACAAAGGACACUGAGCUUGCCUCCAUCCGUCUUGUGACAGAUGUGAGGUGGAGUAGCAAUGAAUGGCAACGCGGCGUGCUUGAUCCUUUUAGAUAGAAA